AUGAGCAACUUAGAGAAAUUCCUGUCAAACGACUUCAAUCAGACACUGAAGAAGUAUGAUGAGCUAUGGGCGACGGAGGAUCCUGAAGACAAUCCUUAUAAAAGCAAAUACGUUGCCCGCGAGAUGCUGGAACUAUCUGUCAAAGAGUUGGAAAAGCUGAUUGCAGACGAGCCAUCACAGGAGGUUGCAAAUCGCGGCUGUGAGGUUUUCGCCAGGAUUCUUCUAUUCCUCGGCAAAAACUGCUACUUCUGUGAGGAGGUCCCACAGGCUGAGAAAUGCUUCAUCCGCUCUCUGGAACGGUAUCUGCGGUCGCCGCUGCGACUGGAGCCUGAACCGUUCUGCUACAUCCAGGAUGUAUUCAACCAACUGGGCAUGCUCUGGUGCAAUCGCGGAGGUCAUAAAGAGGGGAUGAACUUCUUGCGCAGGGCGCAGGUUAUGUACAUGAGGCGGCCCCAGUCUGUACGAGAUGCUUUCGAGGAGCGCUGUGAGAACAAUUACACCAUGACCAUGUUCUAUCUGGCUCAGGCCUAUGGAGCGCUACAAAAGCCCGCGCUCUCUGCACGCUUCUGUGCGGAGACCAUGAGUCGUCAGCUUGAGUCCAACUCCUAUGGUCAUCGCAGCCGAGAGAUCAGCGAGCGGGACCCGUUCGAUUCCAAGGAUUGGAUAAGGAACUGCUGUGCCCUUUCUGAUUUCUUCAUCAACGAUGGCAUGUUCUGGACGGCCGAGUAUUUGCUACAUUCUGCCUUGGUGAUGUGUGAGCGUUGUGGAGAGAUUGUUGGCUCGGAGCCGGAGAACAUCACUGAGAUCAAGGCGGAGUGUAUGCGGGACAUUGGCAACAUGUACUCAACACGCCUCAAGUUUGCGAGGGCUUGUGCUGAGAGACCAGACGCAUGGGAGCAGGUCUGGCGAGGUGAGCGUAAGAAAGAUGCAGAGGAACAUGCGGGUCCGGACGAGGGCACCAAGCUCAGCUUCCGCGUUGCAGCAGAUCGCGUGGAGCGACCUCCAGAGGGAGGGACUGGGCCGAUUGAGUGGGAUGAUAUCUUCCCUGAGGUUGUACAUCUUGAGGAUGAUGAGGCUGAGGACAACCUCUUGUCGGAGGAGCAUGAGGCUACCGAAAAUGUCAACCGCGACGAGGACCAGUGGUUGGUUCUGGGACCAGAUGACAGAGUCCGCCUUCCUGUGCACUUCAGGCUCUUGCACGCACACUCCCAGCGACGCAUCUGCAGAGCAAACGCUGCUUUCUUGGAGCAGCGUGGGCCUCACAAGCCUUCCCAAGGGGCGGACUCGACGGCUGAACAGCCAUCGCAGCACUCCUGCAUUGGUACGUCCUUUGCUGCAGCUCGUGAGAUUUUCAAGCUGGGCAACCACUUCUUUGCUCAUGCCCUGGACUACUUCGUCUUGGAUGGUUGGGUGACGGAGCAUGUCAGGAUACUUCAGGAGCUUUCAACAAUGUAUCGGACUCUACAGUUCUGGGAGAAGGAUCCAAAGCGAUCCGCCGCAAUGCUCAAGCGACGAGCGGCGCUCUUGACUCCGCUGCUUGAACAGCUUAGCCCGAAGGUCUACGUGGCGUUCUGGCGUCAGCUGUCCUUCACAUCUGCUGAAAUUUACCAGGAGCUUUUCGAGCUCAAAGGUAAGGCCAAGAUGCCCAGUAGUCGAGCUCUCAAUUCCCUCGACGAUGAUGAUGAGGAGGAGGCGACAGUGGAUCUGAAGAAAGCAGCAAGGUGCAAUGAGCUUGCUCGCAAGUCGGUCAAGUACUACGGGAUAUUCCUGGACAGCUACCAGCCUGACGGCAAAACAGCGGAGAAGGUUGAGAAGGAUCACGCCAGCACGUAUCUCAUCGGGAAGCUGAAUCGUGCGCGUCUUCGGACAAAAUUGAUAGGACUCGCCGUGGAUGACAACAUUGAGGAGCACAAGAUGGCGUUGAAAGAGUAUGAAGAGAUUCUUCAUUAUGGUGAUCGCAACCCAGAGGUGGUUGAAGCAGAUGUUAACAUGGCCACAGAACUGAAGCUUUGUGCCGAAAUGGUGGGUUUGCUCCCAACGAAGCUAGCUAGGCUAGCAAAGCGCUGCAGUGACCCGCACGCGCGAGUUGCCGACCAGCGAGGGGAGGAGCCGCCAAGGGGGAUGUGGUACGACCGGGGUCCACCCUCAGAUCGCGUCCAGUCGGCUACCAAUUCAGCCGCUCUCGGGACGCUCUCAGACCGUGCGCUCGCUCAAUGGCGCGCGGAGCCACGGCUCAAUGGCGCGCGGAGCCACGGGCCCCGCAAUGGGAGGAAACUCGCCGCGCGCUCACCGUUGCGGCCCCCCCACAGCGACCACGCUCACGGACUGAUCGCAGCCUUUAGCCAUCGCGCCGAGCCUUUGCCAGCAGCCGCCCUUGCAGAGGCAGCCGUGCUUCCGCCGUCCACACUCGUGCACCUUGGUUGGGUGGUGCGCCACCUCGCGCAUGUUGAUGGUUACAUCAGCGCAGCGGGUCAGGAGGCAUGCCUCACGGUGUAUGGCGGGCAACAGCUCGCGGCGGGCCGAGACCGCCUCUCAGACGAGUUCCGCCGCGUCGAGGCGCCGUCAGCUGCGGCAGCCCAGCCCACUUGCCAUCGCCUGACAGUCAUGGAUGGGGACGUAUCGGCAGCCGAAGCGCACCCACUCCCCGAAAACAUCCCCGAGCACGAGGAUGGGGCGUUGCGCAGGUGCCGCGGACGAGGCGCCGGCAAAAGGCAGCCCGUCCCCUGCGUGGCCGUGUGCGGCGUUAGCCUGGUUGGCCACGAUCGACCUCUCAGCGGAAUUUCGCGAGCGCCCCGCUCUCCGCUCCGUGCCCUGUUUCUUGACAGCUUCCGUGCGGAGGUGCUUUACCCGCUGCUUGGCGGACUUGCAAGUUGCCAUGCGGCGGCGCGAUAUGGCGCGAUGAAGCCACCGGCAAGACCGCAAGACGGCUUUGCUCCUGGCACGCUGCCCUCCACCCUCCUGCGGCGCGUUGAACUCUUCGAGUCCGGCCAGUGGGAACAACUGUUGAGGGAAGCUCGUGCAGGAGCGACCGUCGGAGGCGGACACGGCUCUGCGCGCCGCGCUGAUGAAGCCGUGCUCGAAGAAGCCUGUGAAAGGGUGCGGCAGGGCCAGCUUUCCCGAGCGCGGCAAGCCCUCACAGCAGCAACGUUGGCCCCCGGCAACGCCGACAUUCUGCAGGCGUUGUCGGACCCCUCGCGAAGGCCGCCGCUUCGGCGCCGCGAGAUCCCCGCAGAAGUGCUGGACCAUGAGCCGGUAGAGGCAGUCGCCCUCUCGGUGCGGCAAGCGGCAAGCGAGGCUCUUGAGUUCUUGGCGUUUGCCGUCAACUGCUUGGCACGGGCUGAUGUGCCGACCGAUGUGUUCAAUGCGCUUUCCAUGUCGCGGCUCACAGCGCUGCGCAAUUCCGCAGGUGGCGUGCGGGGCAUAGCCACGGGGGAUGUCUUCCGCAGGAUCGUCGAUUACUGGCUCGGCUCCCGUUGCUGCCAAGCCCUCUGCUUCGAUGCCACCUUGGUGUCACCCAUCCAACGCAAUGGCAGCCCUGCCGCUGGAGCGCCCGAGCGAGAUGGGGUGGCACUCGCAACGGCAAGUUGCCGUAAACAUGCACGCUACCCCGAGCUGGCCCGAAACGGCCCCCACCGCUUGUGCGUGCUGGCGGACGAAAUAGGCGGACGCCUCAAUGACGGCUUUCAGCGCCUGGUGCAACGCCUUGUCGCCCUGCGGGCGCGCCGCGCUCCGGCUGCGUUGCGAGGAGCGGCCGCGCAAGGCUGGGCGCGGCGGUGGUGGGGAACCUUGGCAAUCGCAAUCCAGCGCGCGACGUGCAGCACCGUCGUUGGCGUUUGGACGAUGCCCGCGCUGCCAAACGCAGACGGGGAGCUGCCCAUAGCGGAGGUGCUACAGCUCGCAGCCGAUCCG